UCCCAUUGUUUUGCUGCAACUAUUACAGGUUUCUGUAGCAAAAACAGCUGAACUUGGUUCGCUCAAGCAAAGUACUUCACAUUUUCCAAAAGUCAGCGUAUAAUAAACAUAACUAACUAAAUUCUGCAACCAUAUAAUCCAGAAGCGUGCAACGUAAACAAAAAUAAAAUGCCUGUAGACUGGUUUGGUUAUGUAUACGCUGCCACAGUUGCCGCUGGCGGAAUAAUGGGCUAUGCAAAGGCUGGUUCCAUACCAUCGCUCGGAGCGGGCGUUGCUUUCGGAGCGUUGCUUGGCUAUGGCGCCCACUUAAACUCGCAGGAUCCACCACGGCCGCUGCUCCAAUUGGGUACAUCGCUCUUCUUGGGCGGAUUGAUGGGUGUGCGCUGGAAUCGGUCCGGAAAACUAAUGCCAGCUGGCAUUGUGUGUGUGCUUUCUGUCGCAGCUCUGGUCAAGAACCUGGUCACAUAUAAUCGUUACUUGCCAAUGCCCACGAAGGGCGCCUAAACUAAGAACAAGUCUGGAUUGCUGCUGAGCUUGCCGAGAGAAUUUUUUGUAUAAUUUUAAUUUUAAUGUGGUUUUUUGCUGGAUUUGAAACGAAAUGUGAAUGGUAUAUGGGACUUAUGUACAAGAGAUGUCAAGCUGAGGUACUCGACUAGCAGAUACCCUGUAGCUUUUGAAUUGUAUCAUACAAUAUAAUAAAGUUUGUACUUAAACUCUGAAA